AAAAAAGCUUGAAGUGGCCUCAGGAGGCAACGAGCAAGGUUUUUGUCGAGGUGAAAGAACAACUGAACUAAGUUUUUAGUAGUUUCACUUCGUCGAGCUCGAGCUACCUCCUUCAAAAUCAAACUUGGCUAGUUUUUGCUGCCUCUUUUUCACUACGCUACAUUCGUUUACGUUUAUGUUGCCUUAUGUAAACAACUUACUGAAAGAGAAAGAAUUGCAAUGUGCUCGCUGUAUCUGCUAGACUUUCUUUGACACGACCACGAAGCGUGAAGAUCAACACUGCUUGAAAUUCGAAGCUGUUACUACACAACGAGUUUCCGCAAGUGCAGUUGGAUCCUAGCAAUCAAAAACCAAUUCGCGCUGCUGACCUAAGAAUCUAAGCCCUAAACCCGAAAGAACCGUCGGCAAACGCGGCAACCAACCCUAAACCGUAACCGUACUAUUUUACACAAUGCCGCCGCCCAACGCAACCAAAGGGGGCGGGAAAAGCCCCACAGGAGUCGGAGGGCAGGAGCCAAGCUCUGGCACACCUACAACUUCUACCACCUCCGCUCCCAUCGUGGGUGGUAUGGCGUGCCGUUUCCCCCAGUCCCGGACGACUGCAGAAUUCUGGGAGAACUUGAUCACGGGAAAAAACAUGAUUACCCAGGACGACGAGCACUGGGAAUCGGGUUUCCACAACCAAUUACCCCUGGGAAAAGGAUCGGUCCAGAAACAGGAGUACUUUGACACGUUCUUUUUCAACAUGAGCGGCGCGCAGGCCGAAAAAACCGAUCCGCAGCUACGGUUUCUGUUGGAGCUGUCGUAUGAAGCACUCUGUGAUUCCAACCUGGACAUCCAGAAACUGAAAGGGAGCAACUGCGGGGUGUUUGUCGGUACCGUAAAGUGUUUAUUCGGUUGGUUCUUGCAUCUCUUGGUCUUGCCUGAGCAGGCCCUUCAAUGGUUGAGUUCAAGUUCUGACGGUUCAACAUGCAUCAAAUCCACCGCAUAAAGACCGAGUGAACUCCAUGCGCGAGAUACUUAAAAUUAAAAUCCGCCAUCAAUUAUUAUGAAUCAGGUUCCUGUUUUUCCGAUUGCCACAAGGCUUGGCUGCACGACGUCCCGGCCAUCACCGGUUACGAGAAUACGGGCUGCGCGCAGUCCAUGUACGCGAACCGGCUUUCGUUCUUCUACGAUUUCCACGGACCUUCCUUCAACGUCGACACGGCUUGCUCCUCUUCCCUCGUGGCCUUCUCCCAAGCGUGCCGAGCUUUGGAGGCAGGCGAGUGCGACGUGUGUCUGGUGGGAGGAAGCUCCAUCACCCUCCACGCGGGCGUCUCCGUGGCGUUCAACCGGUUGCACAUGUUGAGUCCGGACUCCGCGUGCAUGAGUUUCUCGAAGAACGGGAACGGGUACGCGAGAAGCGAGGGCGUCGCGAUGUUGGUGCUCUACCGGGAGGACAAGGUCGGGCAGUAUUGUCGGAAUCCGCUCUGCAAAAACCCGACGCCCAACAGUUACUUCAAGGUCCUCGGGUUCGGGAUAAACAGUGACGGGUUCACGAAGAAGGGGAUCACCUUCCCGAAUGGCGAAGCCCAGUACGACCUGUACAGACAGGUGUGCAAACAGGCGAACGUGGACCCGUCAGAAAUUUUUUACAUCGAAGCGCACGGAACCGGGACCGCGGCGGGGGACGGACAGGAGCUGGAGGCGCUGAGAAGGGCGUACUUGGAACCAAGGAAAAAAAUAAAUUCUGCGGAAAAUAGUAACAAAAAAGCGAACCUCGAUAGUUGUACAACUAGCACAUCAACAAGCGUACAGCAGCCACUCCUGCUCGGGUCUGUGAAAUCCAACAUGGGCCACGCGGAGGGCGCGAGUGCCAUGGCGGGUUUGAUCAAGCUCUGUCUGUCCUGGUCCCAGAAACAGAUCCCGGCGAACUUACACUACACCUACGAGGACCGGAAUAAGGGGUGUGAGCAGAUGCUGGGCGAUUUGACGAAGUGCCAAGUGGUCGAGAAGAACUACCCGAUUGAGGAGCCAAACGAGAAAAAAGUCGCAAUUUCUUCCUUCGGGUUUGGAGGCACCAACGCGCACGCAGUGCUGUCGGGUCAGGUAAACGCGGACAACAUGACCUCAGAGGACUCGAAGAUGAACAAAGUGACCAACCGGGCGCUGUCUGAGAAGAUUUGUGAGGAGGAGAAGUGGCGGCUGAUUACGCCGAUUUACGGCAGGACUGCGGACGGGGUGCACGCGGCGUUGGAGGCUUUGCAGGAGAAAAACAUCGCGUUUGACCACUUGGUCGGGCCACCGAGCGUCCACGACCACUUGAAAGAAUUUCCCGCGAUGGGGUACAAGACGCUAGGGGGUGAUAUCGUCACUUCCGACGAGCCGCAGCCGUACGUGGUCGGUCGUGCGGAGAGUGGUGAAGAAUCUUCACCACUACAGGAGGAGCAAAAGAACGACCAAAAGCGCCGUCCCCUCUGGCUGCUCUUUUCCGGCAACGGCGGCAUGUGGCCGUUGAUGGGGAAGGACUUGUACGAAAACAGUAAAAUCUACCGCGAAACCUUCGACAAGUGCUGCGAGCAUUUGCACAAAGAGCACAACUACGACAAAUUGAAGCAGUUUCUGACCGAACCGGACGUGACGAAGUACACAGCGGUGGAAGGGGUUUGCGGUUUGGCGGCCGUGCAGAUCUCGCUCAUCGAGGUGUUGCGGCGAGCGGGGCUGCAGUGGGACGGCAUGUUCGGGCAUUCCGCUGGGGAGACCGCGAUGGGGUAUGCGGACGGGUGCUUGACGCUGGAGGAGACCAUGUCGGUUGCGUACUACCGGUCCCUCUGCGGUGCGGAUUCGGUGGACAAGGAAAACCCGGGGGGGAUGUACGCCUGCGGGGUUUCCCGCGAGAAGAUGGAAGAGCUGCUGCAAGCGUACCACUGCACGCGGCUCACGCAGGUGGGCUGCGACAACGACCCCUCGAUGGUGACGCUGAGCGGGUCGGAACGGGAGAUGAAGCCGAUUACCGUGGAACUGACCGCGAAAAAAAUCCUCUGCCGGAAGGUCCCCACCUUCGGCGUCGCGUUCCACUCCGCCAUGCUGGAACCGGGACUCGCGAAGUUGAAAGAGCAGCUGGAGAAAGUUAUUGACAACGCACCGGGGAAACCGAAAGAGCAGCGCCGGCGAUCUUCCAAGUGGGUUUCCACGUGCUACGACGACGAUGUGAUCCGGAAAGACCCGAAUCACCCCGGGAACUUCGUGUCCGCCGAGUACCACUACUACAACUUCCGCAACACGGUAGAAUUUUACCGGGCGGUGAAAUCCCGAGUGCCGGCCAACGCGGUGGUGGUGGAGGUGGGACCGAGCGGCUUGUUCCGGUCCUCGAUCAAAAAGAUCGCGGCCGUGGAGAAGCGGCCGAUGCACUACUUUUCGCUGAUGUCGCGGGACAAAAAUUCGCUCCACACCUUCCAAAACGCGUUUGGCCAGCUGAUGUUCCAGGGUUUGGUGAAGGAAUUGACCGUGGACUUCGCAAAGCCGGAAAAGCAGUUGUUGCCGAAGGACAUUCCCGUGAUCGCGUCCGAUUUGAAACUGAAGCAGGUGUUCACGAUGUGGGACCACGGGACGAUCUACCCGAUCCCCGGGAUUUCCGAUAUGGUCAACAAAACCGGCGCGGUCGGGGAGCAGGAGAUGGGAAAUUUGUCCGGGGAGGACUGGAAAAACAUCCACAUCGUGGAGUUUGAUUUCUCGACGGAGCGAGACAGUUUCAUCAUGGACCACGUGAUCGACAACACGGUCUUGAUGCCGGCGUGCGGCUACAUCUUCGCGGCCUGGGAGUCGUUUGCGAACGUGUUGAGGAAGAGAGGUUUAAUCCAGGAACUGAACGAGGCCCGGGACGUGAAACUGGUGGACUUCAAGAUCCACCAGGGCAUCAGGCUCGACGAGUCGAACGUCCAGAUGAAGCUGACCGUGCGGUUCUCGCCGGCAAGUGGAGACGGUGCCGCGAAUGUGAACGGGGAGGAGUAUAAAAUCUUCUACGGGGAGGAACACAUUGUGACUGGAAGGAUCAAGUUGGAGAAAAGUACGACUUCUGGUGGUCCGGCCGCUGCUCCACCAAACACGACUGUCGUCGCACCGCUCGGAGGUAGUCCAAACGAAAACAUGAAUAACGUGCCAGACUCUGACACGUUCGGGCACGCCCUGGGCGCGGUCACUGCGAACGAGUUUUACUGCCGGAUUGCGCGGAACGGCUACAAUUACGAAAACGCCUUCCAACUGGUCGAGAACGUCGGGAUUGACGACAGUUGGGCGUGGGUCAGGUUCGACCACGCAGUGGAAUUGGUGCAGUCCGCGGUGCAAGCCGCUACGGCCGAUGUCGCGAAGGACCAGACGGGGGCGAGCAAUGUCGCGGAGAAGGGGCAGUUGGGGGACAGCAGUUCCAAGCAGAAGUUGGAGCUGCAGGACGACAUCGUUUUCAACCGCUACUGGAUCUCGUUUCUGGACAACUUGCUGCAGGUGUCUCUGCUGAAAAACCUGAACGAUUCCGCGACACUGCGAGUGCCGACGUCCAUCCGCGAAAUCUGCAUCCGCGGAUCGCAAUUUGGGAAUUUCCUGCGGAAAAUGCGGGAAGGGACGGUGGGGAUGCGGCACAUCGAGUCGACGGAUUCGGUGCAGUCCCGGGCGUCCUCCUUGGAGAACAAGGAGCCGGGGGUCAUGAUGGACAAGGAGCGGAAACUGUUUCUCGUCGAAGCCCAAGCGCAGUCCGGGACGCAGUUGGUGAAAAUUUUGCCCUACAUGAACCAAGUGGCCAGUGACAUCGCGGACGUCACGGGGUUAGCGACCUCGAUUAUGGCCCGAUCGACCAAAGCGAAGGAGAAACGGGUACUGCACGUGGCGCGGAAAAAGAUCUUCGACUUGAAAAACGCGGUCAACGUGCGGAAGGACGCGGUACUUUUUAGAAAACAUAAACAUCUCUUAGUACAUGAAUGUGCUUUGGCAUAAGACACCGACUAUGCAGUAUCUUGCAGUAUCUACUUACUUUUUCGUCGUUUAUUUUUGCAUGACAAGUUCUCUGUUGACAUUCUCCAAAAACCACACCAUCGAAACAGACCGCCAUUUCUCUCCUUCUCUCCUACCUGAAAGAGCAAUUUGUCUCUGGAAACUUCACCGUUGUCGACUUUCUCCCGGUGUCCAUGCAGGAGCUGACGCAGAAGGUGAUGGAGACUUCCAAUGUGGAAAAGUUUUCCGUAUGAAAUGCAAAUAUGUCUGGGUCUGGAAAGUUGUGAUGCUGGGUGGCGUAUCAUGAGGUGGCCAGCACAAGUGCUGGCUCAGCAUGACAAGUUUCUGAGCUUCUAGGUGCUGCCUAUUCUGCAUGACAAACUGCGUGUCUGCAUGACAGAAAAGUGGGGCUCUUGGGUAAUGUGCAUGACAAAUUUAAGAGUCAUGUCCAUGUGAGACAAGCAUGACAAACUCGCACUAUUCCAGACCCAGACAUUUUUGCAGUUGAUAUUCUGUUCUGUUCGACAAAACUCUCGACGAAACGAAGAAGCAGGAGUACCAGCAGAAAUCCGACGGGGUGUGUGAAGAAGUGAAAGAGAACGAAAAAUUCGAUGUCGCUCUAGUCCACGACGAGAGUGUCUUACCGGAGCAGAUAACGAAGGUGGACUCGCUGCUUGCGACGGAAGAAUCGAAAGCGGAGGAGUUUCAACCCCCGUUCGUGAUCGUGAAGUCUGACACAACUGGGAAGAUGUUGCAGGGCCAACUACCGGUCGCGAACUUGUUCUCCAAAGUGAUUCGUGUGAACGCGUUGGAAACCGGGAAUGAAUUCAUAUUGUACAAAAAGACACCGGCGAAGCCAGCACUGAGUGCAAGAACUUCUGGCACUUCGAACAAUCAUGCAGAACUACAGGGCACCAGCAAUGCCUCUGCCACGGCACAUCAACUGAACCCCGCGUUGCUCCAGUCGCAAGUGCUGCAAUUUUCCGGCUACGACGGGUUGGAAGUGAGCAAAGAGCAAGUAAAAGAAUAUGAGCAACUUUUCCUUCGGUUGUCUGACGACUGCUUCACGAAGGACAACAUCAGGAAACUCGCACAGUUUCUUCAGGAGGUGAACGACAGCGAGAAGUACCCCAAACUGCAGAAACUGUUUCUACUCGCCGGCGCAAACGGCUUCCCGGGCUUUCUCCGUUGCGUGCAGAAGGAGCCGAGUUUUUCGAAGAUCCGCGGAGUCCACUUGGUUUCAAACUCAUCUGCGAAUAUAUCUGUCGGGUACAGUAACGAAGCCUCCGAGCGGAUUGCGAAUGCUCUCCCCCAAAUCUCUCAACUCGACGCCAGACUGAUCCGGUUGGACGUGAAAACCAAGCAGCUCUCGGUCGAGCUUUCCUUUUACGAGGAGGAGCAGCCGAAAUACCCGGCCCCGUUUGGGGAGUUCCUCACCUUCCCGCAGCCGGGGAACCUAGAGGCGUUCGCCUGGAAGGCGCACCCGCACUUUUCCGUGUUGUCGCUCGGGGACGAGGUGGAGAACCCGAGGGAAUUUGGGACCAUGCUGCUGCCGCAGAUUGUGACGAAAAAUUCGUCCGGCGUCGGGACGACAAGCUUACUAUUGGACGAAACGGAAGCGAGUCUACCGCCGAACGGAACAGGAGCAAAUACUGGCACAACUUUGCUGCAAAUUGAAGUCGCGGCGGAUAAAUAUACGUGCUUAUCCUCCAGAGCAGCGGAAACGUUGCCGCAGAAAUCCACCAGCAAGGGAACCACUACGAGCGAAAACGAACGGUCGACCUCCGGAUUGUUCUCCAACCUCUUCGGCGGAGGGAGUAGCAACAACCUCCAGGCACUGAAAAAGGACAACGGCACCCCGGGAGGGAAUAAAGUCGCAGGUAGUACUAUCGCGAAAAACUACUCCCCCAGUUCCGACGGAAAGAUACAACAAGAUGGGGACUUUCUCUCGGACACGGACGCGAAUCUUUUCACAGAGGCAGCGCUCUCCCGGAAGUUGCAAACGGAAUAUUUGAAGCAGGUGACGGCGAACGCGACGAAGGAUCUGCAGCAGUUCAACCGGCUGAACAACACGAACGGGAAUAAUAAGACCGGCACUUCUAGCAAGAAAAGACAACUCCGGUCCGUCGACGUUUCCUUCGCUGCCUUGAACUUCCGGGAUAUCAUGCUAGCGUAUAACAAAAUCGACAAAGACGCGAUCGUCGGCCAUAGUAAGAUGGGCGACGGGUUCGGUUUGGAGUUCGCGGGGUACUACACCCCCUCCGAUUCGUUAUCCGGCUUCGCCGAACAGGCGUACCACGGCUCCGACAUGUUUUCCGGACACCAUCAUCACCUCAGUGGGAAUGAAAAUGAAAACAAAAUCAAGGUGAUCGGCUUGACCUACAACAGUAUCGCAAGAAAAAACUGUUUCAUUGUAAACUUGUGAUGCAGAAAAUGCAUCUGAGAAGUGUUUGUCUUGCUACACAUGCAAGACAAUAGCUGUGUUUUCCCUAGGGAAUCUCGCAUGGCAAAUUUUCUCUGUGAUGUAGAGCAAACUUGUGACGCAGAUCUUGCAAAAUCAUCACAAUGAAACAGUUUUUUCCUGUGAUAAACAGUCUCGCGACGAAGGUCACCGUUCCGGCGAACUUGUUGUGGGAGUUGAAACCCAAUCAGGAGUUGCGGCAUUAUGCCACCGUGCCCUGCGUGUACGCAACCUGCUACUACAGCUUGCUGGUUCGGGGGCAAUUCACGCCGGAAACUUCGGUCUUGAUCCACGCGGGCGCGGGCGGGGUGGGGCAGGCAGCGCUGUACAUCUGCUUAAAGAGGACCAGUGACCCGAGUCUUAUCUUCACAACCUGCAGCACGAAGAAGCGGCAGUAUUUGCUGGAGAAGUUCGGGCAUUUGGGGUUGCAGGAGAAGAACAUCGGGAACACGAGGGACACAAGCUUCGAGCAACUUGUGAUGAAGAACACCAAUGGCCGCGGGGUGGACAUCUGUCUGAACAGCUUGUCCGACGAGAAACUGAUGGCGAGUGUCCGGUGCGUGGCGGCGUUCGGUCGGUUCUGCGAGAUCGGGAAGUACGAUUUGAUGCAGAACACCGGGCUGGGGAUGCAUUGUCUGUUGAAGAACGUGUCGAUUAUGGGGAUCGAUCUGGACCAGAUCCUGAACCAGCCGAGAGAGUGGGCGACCGUGCACAGGUUGGUGCAGGAAGGGAUUCUGUCUGGCGAGGUCGAACCCUUAGACGUCGGUGGGUGUUUCUCGAUGCGGCAAAUCACCGAAGCGUUCCGGUUCAUGGGCGCGGGGACGCACGUCGGCAAGGUUCUGUUGCAGUUUGACAAUACUAGCACGAAGGGAGAUGAUGUUGGCUCCGGCUCCGCCUCCACCACUGCGGGCGACAUGACCAGCCGGUCCGAGUCUAGAGAAUCAGACGCGGCGGGAACUAUAAUGGCAAACAAAGCUGCGGCGGGAACUAUGGGCUUCAACCCACCAGGACGAACGAAUAUUGCAGGCGCAUCAAAUAGUACUUCUUCUACCGUUGAGCAGUCCCCAGCUUCUUCAUUAUCCAACAACGGCGGAAAAUGGUCGGUAUUAACCGACGCCCACAGCGAGCAUCUAGUCGCGGACACGCCGAACUUCACUCCGAAGAAUCCGAACCGGGACGGGUAUUUGAUUAUCGGGGGUCUCGGUGGGUUCGGGUUGGAGUUAGCGGAGUUUCUGGCGAUGAAGGGCGUGAAGCACAUCGUUCUCUCGUCCCGCGGCACCAUCCGGAACGGGCUGCAGGCGAAGUAUUUGACGAAAAUCUGCAAGGUGUACGGGUGUCACAUUUCCGUCACGAACGUGAAUUUCGCAGACAAGGCGAAAUGCGAAAAGUUCCUGAACCAGAAUAAGCACAUCGCGGGGUUUUUCAACCUCGGAAUGGUGUUGGCGGACGGGCUGUUUCACAAGAUGGAGGGCAACCAGUGGGCGACGCCGAUCUUGGCGAAGGGGAUCAUCACGGAGAAUUUUUCCGAAGUCGCACAGAAACUGAAUCUCGAGUUCGACCACUUUGUGUGUUUCAGUUCGGUUUCCGCCGGGCUCGGGAACGCGGGGCAGACGAACUACGGGUUUGCGAACGCCGAGCUCGACCAUUUGAUCCGAAUGCGGAACCAAAACGGGUUGUCCGGGUUGUCGUUGCAAUGGGGCGCGAUCGGGGACGUGGGGGUGUUGUCCCGGGCGAAUUCGAAGAAAACCGGGCUGGUAGACGCGGUUCUGCCACAGGAAAUCCAAUCCUGUCUGCAGGAACUGGAGAAGCUUCUCGCGAGCAACAGUACCGGGGUCCACACGGUCUACUUGACGCCCAAACGGGUGAAGGACGACUCGACUUCGAACGAUAGCUCGGUCCCGUUGGAGCAGAAAGUACGGGAGAUCGUGGGGGCAAAAGCAACCGUGAAAGACACCGCGACCUUGGAAAUGUUGGGUGCGGAUUCGCUGCAGUCGAUGGAGAUCCAGUCUCUGAUCAAAAUGCGGACCGGAGAGAAAAUCGCCAUGGACAAACUCAGCAAGAUGACGCUGAAGCAAAUCCGGGAGUUGGAAGGGUAAAUAAAUGGGGUUGGCGGAAAAAAAGAAUUGCAAUUGGUUUAGUAGCUCUUGUACUAGCUGCGGCUACGCAAGAACCUUGCUUCUACCUCUUUUUUUGGACACCGCCGAUGCAGAGCAGCAGUCUCUUCUUUGUAGUACCUCCGUGGGUUACUCAUUCUUUUUUUGCCUCAGACUCCAGAUUCAUCUCGAAGCUUCAACUAUCCCCGCUGUAAAUUGGUGUAGCAUAGCGUUUUUGACUGGGGAACGGUUGAAGCUUACUUGGUGCUUGGAGAGCUGAGAAAUGGUUGAUAAAAAGCUGUUGACACGCAGGCGCUAGACGAAGUAGUCACUGACACGUAUUUUUAUGAGAUAAAUAUUCGUAGAGAAAAGUCGUGAAAACUCGUGAAAUGUGUCGUUUUUCAUGUAUAUUCGUUCAUAUUCAUAUCCAUUUCCGGCUGGGAAAUUUGAUUUUCAUUUUCUCUGUAUGAGAUUAUGUUUUCUGCUUAGUACUCUCGAGUACCGAGCAGAGCUUACUCUGUACUUUUGUCCGCCUCUCUGUUUCUCUUCUCGAGCGUCAGGCUAGCCUGGCAAUCGAGUAGAAAACAUUGAGGGUCCUGGAGGGGACACCGGCCUUGUUUUCUUUCCGCAUGUCAGAGGACACGCGUGAUAGAAUCAAGGACAGAGUUAGCGUCAUUUAUGCCCUGUAUAGUAAAUCGCUUCGGCGAGCCCCUCGUACUUCUUUUAAGUGCGUUAUCAUAGGCAUCCAGUGGUAGCGAGAUUCCUCGUUGUUUCAGACUCUCGCAGACACGUAUCACCGUACUCUGUUCAGUGCAAAAGCACUUAAAAUGACAUGUUCACAGCUGUUUCAGUCUUCGCUUUCAGAGAGCACUUUGCACGCAUCGCAAUGAAUCGAGUCGCUUGCCAGCCUGAGGGAAACUUUUUCUCGUCUUGAUUUCAGUUUCACUUCCCUUUCAGUUUUACACCAUCCACCGACCAUAGACACAGAGAGAGAUGGAAGGGUACGAGCCGGGAGCCGACGGCUCCAGGCUGACAAAAAAGGAGGCGCUAUUCGCAUCGCCCACUGCUCUAGUCAAAAAAUAUGGGACCGAGCUAGUCCGCACCGGCCCAGUCCACCUGCUCACGCAAGUGCCCAAAAUCAUCCGCGACGUAAACCCGUUCUUUCGAUCCCGGAACGCGGGCAGAGUAGACCUCACUCCGGUGUGGUACAUUGAUCGUGGCAGGUCGAUUUUCCAGCGGCAGCCCGUGUUUGUCAAGCACAGCGCCUACUUUUUACCGUCGCUUUCGAGCUUCGGUUCGUACCGGGCGCAGGUCUUCAAGUGUGAAGCAGAGUGGACCUUGUCCCGACGGUCCAGCCUAGGAUUGCAGCCGGGGGACUUCCAUCCAGGGGCCGAGGAGUGGUUCACGCAGUUCACUGACCAAAGAUCACCGGCAUCCACGCUCGCUUCGGAGGACUCACCGCGCGACCCAUGCAACAGUACUGCCUAUUUUCAGAUGUUUUGCACACAGACACUUUCACAGUUUUUCAUGUUCACACCAGGCAUUGUUUUGCUAUUUUACACCCAUUCCGCAUUUUAUCACCAGCCCGACCGGAGCUACUGUUUCGCGUCGAGAUGAUCUUGCACAUCCAGCAGCAUACCAUGCACCCGGCGAAGUGGCAGAACGACGGACCCCAGAUGCAGCCCGAGCAGCUCUGGAAGCUGGCCUUCCCCUUGCACGUGGAGAUCAAUCAUUUACAAAAAGUGCGUUUUGUUUAUCGCAGCGACGGAACGCUCCGCGCCAAUGAGGUGCAGCGAAUUCAGCCUUAUUUGAACAUCAAGAAAGCCAAAAAGGACAUUGAAAACUACUUGUACAACGAGCGUGACAUCAGAUUAGAAAGAUCCAUUGCCACAGACCAGAUCCGCUUACGCAAUGUCCGCUCGUUCGCUCAUGGCAAUUUCGCAAAGCAGCUCUUCGCUAACAAGUUAGAAGAUGAGCACGUCCCUUCAGCAAACAACUUCAGCUUUAUCUUGCCCACCGUGAUCCACAGAUCCCAAGACACCCGCACAGCGGGCAUUGCACAUGCAACGCAUGAAUAUGAUGACAUAGCGCGCUCUUCCCCUUUGGAAGCAGCAAUCGACCAGUACACUCGUGGUGACGUCUAACAUGUUUCGUUUCGAUUUACAGUUUCAGGCUCAGUUUUACUUCCACAAAUGCACCGUGCUUACAAACAUUUUUCAGGGAUUCUCACUUGUGGUAACUUUUUUAGCGAUUAGGACGUGAUGUCGAAGCCAGUAGAAAAGGGCAAAUCUCCCAGCGGAGAGACCCAGAACAAAGGGAAAGGAGGAAUGGAUAAUUAUAAAAACAUGUUGAUCAACCAAAAACAGCAACGCAUCGACAAGUUAUCUCUGCUGAUGACGCAUGAUACUGUUGAUCUGCUGGAGAAGGUUAAUUGCGAGAAACGCAUCGAUUUCAUCGUGAAUGCAAUCAAAGAGCACUGCGCCCAAGAUCAAAUCGACAAAAUCAAUAAUUCUUGCCGAAAGUCCAAGCGUGAGUUCCUCAAGGAUACUACAAUGGCCGAGUACAAAAUCAAAGUCCUCAAGGACAUCAACACCGCCCGCAUGAAUUUUUUGGAGAAAAACGAGCGCCAGGGACUCUUCUGGAAGGUGCAGCCCUGGCCUUUCGAGCACAAUGAACAUGAUGUGUACAUUUUGUCCGGUGGUGUGUGGCCGGGGACGCCCCUUGGCGAGGAUGACUCGUCCGAGGAAGAAGAAGAGGAAGAAGAGGAAGAAGAGUCGUCUUAUGACGAGCUGCAUGACGUCACCUUUUAUGAUCGUCAUUUCCACCCAUCGGAUUACGACCAGGACUCCUCGGAUUCUGAUGCCUCUAUCGGAAGCGGCUAAUAGCUUACGAUUUUAUUAGAAUACUUUGUAUACACUCCUUCGCAGCAACUUCCAACAGUAUGGGUACAUGCAAAUCGAGAAAUGAGCCUCCGAGCACCUCCACCGCACCAGAGCAACCAGCCUCUCAUGAAAAUGAUGGUAUAGAGUGUAUUUGUUUCAUCGACUCCGAUUUUUCAGUUUGUCUUCUGUCAGCACACGAUACGCAUGCACAGUUUUCUCCUGGGUCCACCAGGAAACGCUAAGUAAUGACAAAAACAUCCUAUGCCAGGUACUUCAGAUGAUUUACACGCAGUGGAGCAGCAGACCCUACAGGAUCUCGGCUUCGCUUUGUUCGAUGACGACACACCGGAGGAGGCCGCGCGUCGCCCUUUUUCGGUGGUGGACGCGACGGGAUACAAGCUGAGUGAUAAACCAUCUUCGUUACAGCGUUUCAACGCUUUGGGGACGCUCACAGCCCACAUCAUCAGACGAGAAUACAGACGGUCCUCCGGUACAGUGGAGCGCGCCGUAUUCGCCAAGAUCAUCGUCCAAAGUAUACAAGUAUUAUUUUUCUCUCUUUUAUCACCACGCGCCUUUGUUUCAACGUGACAUUCUGAUAUGACAUUUCCCAUCAUUGCAAACCUUUUCAUCUCUCAACAUGACAGAUCAACACCUUCGCGGACAUCCAGAAUCUUGACGACAUGUUAUCGCUUUUCUUCAAAGUCACAAAAUCCAUUGUGACCAAGCACGAGCUGCCUAGGCCCAGCAGGGAUUAUGAUCAGUUGUGGUUCUCGCAGCUGAGCGCAGAGUUGCAGCAGCACAUCGCGAAGUGUGCAGCUGAGCCAGGUUGCAAGUACAAAUUACUGAAAACGGUUUACAAAGUGAAAAAUGUAUACCCGAAAUGGAAGUCGGCGAAGAAAGUGUCAGAAUGCAAAACCACAUCCUAAUCGCACCAAUUUGGAACCACAAUUUCAGCAAAGCCCAACACGGGCACCCCAGCCACGUAGGCUUGACCAUCGCUUUCAGGCGAAGAUUGGAUGAUGAUUUCUCCUUUAUCAGCAUGUCGUCUUUUCGGGCACAGUUGAGAUCAGUCUUGUCGGUCUUUUCUUCCACGUUGGGCCGUAUUCUCGUCGUAUAGCACUAGCGUCACCUCAGCUCAUCUCCGAGCAUAGUCGUGCUAUUUUCUUUUUCAAUAAUCAGAGCACCGACCACGGCUUAGCGCCAGAGAGAUUUGAGAGGUUCUUACCUUUUUCACGAUGGCAAACGACGAAAACAAAAACAAAAUGGCAGAGGGUGAGGAGACACCCGCUUUUUCCAUGAGCUUCCAGGUCAUGGACCGGAUUACCGACCAAGUACCAGUCGAGUUCGAGCUAACCCCCGAAAUCGUUUUUAAGAAACGAGUCAAAUCAGCCGCAGCUUACGACUAUGACGCCAGAACCGAGGUAGCAUCUGCAGCAUCAAUUCAAGCCACGCUAACGGACAUCAAUGAGGAUCUGAAUUCAGGAAUCGAAGAAGAUGGCCGAAAACACGCGUAUUUUCUUUUCCACUGCAUGACCUUUUUAUGCACAGUUAGUCUCGUCUUUCUCUCUGUUUCCCUAGCAUACACUAUCCAUUUCAUCCACCACAGGGGCUUCCACGGCAUCAAGGAAGGAAAAGCGCCUGCUUUGCGUUUUUUGGAGCUUCUACAGCAAGGCGAUGAUUUCAACAUGGAUGACGCCCCGAAGCUAGUCCACCUCGGCGCAUCAGCACUCCUACACCUAGGACAGUAUGCACAUUUUGCAGGACAGAACGCAAUCAAUGCACAGAGAACCAUGAAAGACCUCCACAAGGACAACGCAGAUGCAGUCAUCUUUUUCAUGAAAAUGACGGGGCCCAAGGGACAGAAGCUCCUCACCUACCUCCGGACUCUUUUCAGCAUCUACUUCAAGUACGUGGCCAAGGAAGAUUGCAACAACUACCACGUCGCCAUCAAAAAAAUGUUGAUGGCGCCGAACUGCAGAUCCCACGUCGCACUGCUAGCUGCAGUGCUAGGGAAGAUGAGAGCAGAGUGCAUUCUUUUCGCGACCUGCGAGGAUGCGGAUUUAUGGCAGACGGACUUCUUCCACGAGCUGGCCCCAGCAGCUUUACAGGAAAUCAUCAUAAACGCCUGCAAGGAGAAGGGUCUCCUAACUCUCUCCACCAAGUGGACAUGGCCUUUCAGCUGCACCAAAACCGUCGAGCAGAUCACAGUCCAGUGGGAGGAACAUUUUUGCCAGAGCGGGGCGGUCUUGUACGACGCUCCAAAGAAAAACGAGCCUUUUUUGCUACCGACAAAAACCCCGUCCACAUUAGACCAGAAAUUAGGACGCGGAGCUUCAUCAUCUUCAUCCACUGUGAACAGCCGAGCACUGGUGAGUCAGCAGAUGGGCAGCCGCAUUUCCAACAGGAACAAAGCAGCAACGGACAGCAACUUCAACCCCUUCGAAAAUUAUGAGCGCACCGUUUUCCGGGGUUUCGACACAGUAGAGGGCACUUUUUGUUUUUGCUUUUUCAUCUCAUUUCACAGUCAAGACAAACUACAGCAUGCCACUACGCAUUUCACUUCCCAGAAGUUUUUUAUUCCUCUCCACACCUUUACUUUCUGAAGGUAAUCCGACAUCUACAUUUCCCGAUCUGAAUGCCAUGUCGUGCACGGGGCCCACAGACACCGAAAACGGCGCCACCACAUCAUCCCAGCCAAUGGACGGAGCAUUGAUGAACAGAGUAGCGAGACAUUUCGCAGGAUCGGCAGCAAGCGCAAAUCCGCAGGGAUACACGCAGGGCGAAUUGCAACAACUCCAGCGUUUCCGAGACGAAGCAGACCCGUCGGCAUAUCUGAUGCCUUUCCAGCAACAGAACACCGUGCCGGCAAAUCUGAGACGAGUAGCAAAGCUGGAUGUCAAAGACAACUUAGCAGCUCCGCUUUUUGUACAAACUUACGACGAAGCCGCAGCCACACUGCACCACAACUACUCGCAAUUGACAACCGGGGCUUUCAUUCAGGGUAGAUCUUUUGUUGGUUUCUUUUCUCAUUUCUCAACGAUUGGUCAUGUCAUCUCACCUUUUCCCAACACUUAGUCCUCCCUUCACAUCAUUCGAUCACUACACCCAGGUGAACCAGCUCACGAGAGCGUAUGGGCGUGCACCACCAGAAUCGUCUUGCUGCAGUACGCCAGUUUCCUGGACCAGGGACAGGAAAUCACGGAGGAUUUUGUGUUCGAUCUCACCACUUUAGCAAUGAACGGGAAGCUGUCGCAAGCGGCCUGGGCACGAUUAGGCCGCGACCAUCCAAACGGAGUAAAACUGGACAAGAAAAACUGCUCCUUGCAUUGGCCGAAAGGUUUCAUCGACACCGAGCGCACCCUGGAAACCUACUUCCAAAUAUCCAAAAACAACACCAGCGACAACUCACAGCUCUUCCAGCACCUCGACUUCAAAAAUCCGACCGAGCUGACAGUCGCCAAGCAGCUUGUGCUGAAGGCGAAGGAGGAUUGCAAUUCAGUCCGGUCGGACUGCGGAGGGAACCCGCAGCAGGCAAUGAUGGACAACGCGAGGAAGUGUAUCGAGAAAUUACACUUCGCCCAGCUAAUCGUCAUCAUCGCGAUGGAGUGCCACAACCCGCCGUUGUGGAAGGCGUCGCCACUGGAGACAAUCAACAACUACUCCGCCUUUUUCAGCCAAAUAAAAUCCAGGAGCAUUCACAACAAGUUCUUAGCGAAGAGCCGGACCAAGGCGGUCAUGUUUCUCAUUGACGCUUUUUGCACCACGGAUUUGAGCAGCAUCAUGCCCAACAAGUUGUGCGACCAGCUGAACGCUUGGGUCUCGCAGAUUGACGAAAAAUCCAACCAGGAGAAAAGGGACGAAGAGAAAAAGGGAAAGGGAAAAGGAGAAGGAAAGAGUAUUGCUUCAUUCACAUUUUUUGUUUUGCAUCUGCUUGUCGUGGCGCGAUUAUACAGUCUCGCCCACCAGCACCAGAUCGCACGCUUUUUGAUCUACAAAUCAUAUCAUAACAGAUAAUGGUGGUGGUGGCAAGCACGGCGCCACAACCAAGGGCGAGAGAGACAAAGGCAAGGGCACCGGCAAGGGAAACCAGGGUACUGGCAAGGGAGACAAUACUAGCACUCCUUUCGGCACCUUCGUGGGGCACUGCAAGGACACGAUCGCUUACUGCUGCGAAGUGUCCGACAUUCAGAAAGAGGAUUGGAAAAAGUUGUGUGCUCCUUUUAUCGCAGGAGAGUGCAAGAUGCGAAAUGCAAAAAAUGAACUUGUGAAUUGCAAACAUAACAAUAGUUGUCGUCACGAUCCCAAUCAUACAGCCAGCAAGCAGUGGUUACAGUCCCACCCGGUUAAGCAUGAAGCCAAAAAUGCACAUGUAAACAAGAAGCGUAGCAACGAUGACAACAACGAGAACACCGGCGACAAGAAGCAGAAAGUGGAAUAAGUUUUUUUUUUUUUAUUUUUGUACGAUGAAAUUUUUCACACAACUUUUUCCACGUUUCACCCUUUCCCCCACCCACAGUGACAUUCAGAGCUCUCAUUUUAUACCAAAUUGCACACAUUUCUGGUGCCCUCUGUCCCAUGGACAGCAUGUAUUGACCAUCACACAGCACGUGAACCACCUUUCCGAAGCUGCACGCGGGCAGUGCGCGCCGACGCUGUUUUCUUGUGUCUCUUCUGAGGUACAACACGAGAUAAAAAGCGCGAGAUAUGAGUCUUGACCUUGUAACGAGACAGCGAGAUGAUGAGGUCGAGAUGCAUGAGCCGGAUAUGCCUGCUCCAGUACUACAAAACUUAUCAUCACAUUUUAAUGAUCCUUCGCUUUAGGAGAAAAUUGCUGAAUGAGAAAAUGAUUGUCUCCCUGUGGUUGCUGCUCGCCACAGCUGCGAGUGCGAUCCGCGCUCCAAAAGAAGAAGCCUACCCACGAACCUUCCAGCCAGACAGCCACCUCAUCGACCACUACCUCCACCUCAUCACAUCGAAUUCCACCGUCAUGCCAGUGCUGAACAAUGACCAAGUGUACUCCAUCGAGCACUUGCGUCAGUUGCAUAAGUACCCCCCGGAGAUCCGGUACCGCAUGGAAGAGGAACGACUUGAAAAAAUUAUCCAAGACAUCGAGACGGACCUAGUGAUCAACAGCCACAAACUCGAGGAAUACGAGGCUAAAAAGCCACAACACAUACGCGACAUCAACGAGAAAUUUAUCAAUCAUGAUGCCGAGUACGGCACUCGCAAAAUGUCCGCGUACCCGAUGUACAAAGCCGCCGUGGCUUGCGGGUAUGUCGACGAGCCGACCCGUAUGAUGCUGUAUGGGCCUGACGGUUUUGUGAGCCGGGGUUUCAAUACAGAGGGGAAAAUCCCCAUCUAUGGCUGCUGGCCAACAGGAAAGAAAUUAUCCGACAAUGAAACGGAAAAGUUAGUAGAUUUUGACAUGGACGAUGUUGAUAGAAGAUUAGCGUUAGAAUCUUUCUCCAAAAUCCGAUCAGGGCCGUGGUCUUUUGAGUCCGAGGACAUCAUGACCCGCAGUUACGAUGCUUACCAAAAACUGAUCGACAGGGGCUUAGCAACCCAGCUCUGUGACGGCUGCGCAAAAUAUUUACAUGAAUCAGGAGAAUGGUUUGCAGCGAUUUUCGGCAUAGGCCAAAAAUAUAAUGAUUCUGAAAAGCGCUACGACAAAGUACGCCCGAUAAGUAAUGAGAAAAUGAGGAAUAAGCUUUUGAGUCCAAUACAAGAACAUAUGUCACUUUGCUCAAUGCCAGAAAUUUUACAAGCAAUUUGCCUGUGCGCAAACCCCACCUACGAAGACCCUUUUUUCCAAAAUAAGAAGGACACUUUGCAAAGCACACAGGCUGCGCAACAAAAAGCAAAACAGUUCGCCCAAGUUUACAAAAAGCGCUCCUGGCGCGAUGUGCGAUCGCUGCCAAGACGGAAAAAGGCUUACACCGGAAUUUCUUUUUUGCCCUCUAUUUCAAAAGAUGACGAAGCGCAAGCUUACAAUCAAAUGGGAGCUCAAGACCCCUUUAAAAAUUUAUUUCAAAUUUUUAACCCUUAUAAAGGAUGCCAAGAAUUUGGAUUUUUAAAGUGUUUGAAUUUCGGCAACACGCAUAGCAUAUACGGCUUCGUAGCCUCACACAGCCAAUUAUUCCAAAAAUACGCAAGCUUGAUUUUAAAAAUACCCACUUUUCAGUAUGUGGAUGAUAUAAUGUAUUUUAGUGAUGAAGACGCCGUACUGGCGCCGUUAUAUCAGCGAACAAUUAGACGAAUACUAGCAAUAUGGGGCAUUGCUGUGGCGCCAGAAAAACAUGAGGAUAUGCUACCGCAUUCCUCACCAGCAGAACUGUUAGGAAUAGCCUGCAGACACCUAGGGAAAGCAAUUGAAUUUUACCUCCCUGAGAAAAAAGUCAAACGAUUCAACGAGGAGGUCGAUAAGUUAUUUAGUUUGCUGCAGGAUCCAGCCAAGCGGGACGAGCCCAGCACCUUCAAAGCUUUAGAGCGCUUACAGGGCCUUCUAAUACAUGUGCUUUUCAAUCGAAAAUUUCGUCGAAAUUUGCCAAUUUUAAAACAUAUUUUCGAAAUAGCCUCGAAGUCAGGCCAUUUCUCGGAGGUCGUAAAUUCGGACAGCAGACGAGAGCAACUUUUGAUUAUUCUCGAAAGAGUGCGAGACAUCAUAAAUCGCCGCGAUGUCACUCGAAUCGAAAAAGACCAACUCAUCAAAGCCCGCACCCACAUUAUGUCUGAUGCGUCAGCAACACAAAAGGAAGGAAAGGUAGCGAUAGGCGCCAUCGCGUUUUUAGCAGACGAAAAAUCUAGUGUAGGAUACAGCUUGCAUUGUACCCAAAAGGACUUGCCGUCCUUUUUCAAAAACAGCUCAAUAUUGUCUCUGGAGACGAUAGCAGCAGGACUCGCGCAAAGACUGCUGUACCCCUACUACGAAAACGACAACGCGAUAUUGCACCUGGACAAUGUCGGCGCCCUUAGCGGUAUUGUUAAGGGGUAUAUUAACAGCCCUAAAACUGCAUCAAUUGUGUCUGUUUUGUGUGACAGAGCCUAUCAUCAAAAAUGCGAAUAUACGUAUGCAUAUGUCAACACGAAUAUGAAUAGUGCCGACGCCACAACCCGUCUAGAACAACUAAGCGAAUUGCAACGGGCUUAUGGCACAAAGUUUGUAGUAAGUGAAGAGAAAAUCAAAGAAGAGCUCCAGCUCUUCGCUGACGAGUGCGAAGCAGCCUCGAAAUGCAUGAUGCUAAACACUACGAAAGCCUCUUCCUCAAAGGAAGCAUAACAUGAAUCAUUUUUCUCUUUAUCACACAUGGAAAACACACUGCAUCACACACACACGAAGCAUAACGCAUUCAUUUUGUUGUUGUUCACUUCUGAGUUUUUGUCAUCACAGGACCUGCAGAGAAAGCAAGCGAAGCUUCCAGCGAAGGAGCACAAGUGCCAUUUCGCAAAAGACGCUGGCAAGAAGAAUAAUAGGUAUAACGGUAUGAGGUCGCAGAUCGAGUACUGGGAUACCCAAGCGAGGCGAAAGAAGUGUCAGAACUUAGUACCCUACCAUGAAUCGCACAAGUGGAAACUCCUCCCGCAAACAACUCUAUUGUUUUGGCCACAAGAAAAACGGGAUUUUCGAGUAAACAACGAAAUAGCCACAAAAAACUCGUACUGGCGCACAUGGAUGAGGUGGACGCAGAUCCACAGGCCGCACUUCCACUGGAAUCCGGACUUGUAUCACACCGAAGCUGAUGUCCAGCUUUUGCGAGCAGCACAUGGCAGCGUGUCUUGGGCCAGAGACGUUGUCCCGUACGCAGAAUGGCUACUAGAACAUGACAUCGGAAACUGCAAGCCGUAUUUUACUUGCUUGCGAGCAUGUGCUUGUCUUCUUAUGCAAUGGUCGGCACUGCAUACCAGGCUCUCUUUGUAGCAUUUUAUCUACAGAUACAUUCUCUCUCCACUGGUGACACACAGGUACGUAUCCCAGGUGACGACUCGCCUUAGGGCUCUGCAGUUACUGGAAACAGGGAACACAUACGCAGGGAGCGAGCAGGAAGCAGCGUAUUCCAGAAUUGACUCCAUGCUCUCAGACAAGUCCACACAAAGAGCCGCCCCACCGAUGAUAGACAGACUAGGCCUGUUAUCACCACGCGAAAAGCAGAUCUACGCCUGCUGGGCACCCACAGGACUACGACCAUCCGCUUUUGUCAGCAUUGACCAGUACCAAGUCCAGCCAUGCAAACACCGGCCCGACCUCUUUGUCGGCGCUUUGGUCACCAGCGAGAAGGUUUUUGCAAACCCAGGCGAAAAAUUCUUCGCACGUAUCCCCAAGGACGCCUUUGAUCCGAGCAUCUUCCCAGUCUUUGAACACGAGAUCGACAUUCUCGCGAGGAAGUUGGGAACAGUUCCCUACGGAAUCCGUAGAGGUUUAGCUAUAUGGCUUCGCCUACGCACACUGGAGCUAGGCAUCACGCCAGGAUCGACAAAAGCUGUCGCGAAGUUACGGUUUGAAAAAUUCAAAAGAAAAGUAACGGACCACUUUGGAUGGUCCCAGGGUUCCAUGCAAUGGGAGCAGACCUAUUCGGUUGAUACUUUGAAUUAUGUACAACGACCGUUCUUGGUACACCCUGCACUCAAGGAGUGGUUUGUCGAAUAAAACAGACUGUAUGAUACUUCCUUAUCAUGUACUUUUGUUUUUUGUCAAAUUGGAAAAACGAACUGCCAGCUAUUCACCAGACCUGGAGCGUACCAGGAAGUCCUUUUUUUACGCAAGAUUGACAGGUGCUUCGUUUCUCGCACCGUUCGCGUUCAGCUCUACAAGCCUCUCUGCUUCAGGGAGCUCCCAGUACACAGAUCACGGCCAUGAUCCUAGCGAUCCGAUGAGAUCAUUUGUGUUGCCGCAGCGACUUUCCUCGGUGUCCCCUCCACACUUGGACCUGUGGCAUGCUCAGAUGAUCCACCAUCGAGUCUCUUUUGGCCUCACACACUCACAGAUCGCAGUACUGCUUCGCUCGACACGAUUGGGCGAGCCGCGUGUUACGCAGUUGGUGAUAUCGGGAACGCGAUUCCCCCGUGUCGUAGCCGCGUUUCGGCUCUCGCAGAGAUCCGCUACUCGGCUUCUGUCGCUCCAGUUAUGAUUUGAUGCAAAGUCUCAUAGUUCAAAUACUGAGUUUCACGACAGUUUUCGCAUCUAAUAUUUUUAUGAGAUAAAUAUUCGUAGAGAAAAGUCGUGAAAACUCGUGAAAUGUGUCGUUUUUCAUGUAUAUUCGUUCAUAUUCAUAUCCAUUUCCGGCUGGGAAAUUUGAUUUUCAUUUUCUCCCCGCCCGCCACACCCUUUGUUCUUUACCUGGUGACCUAUCUUUUCAUUUCAUUCAUCACUAUGUCACUUUGCUUUGUGCUCCGUCAUUCAUCAGCCCGCUGGUGAAUGGUGUCGCACUCUUCGGACUCGCGUCCUCCUUCGGGAACGCGAUUCCCCCGUGUCGUAGCCGCGUUUCGGCUCUCGCAGAGAUCCGCUACUCGGCUUCUGUCGCUCCAGUUAUGAUUUGAUGCAAAGUCUCAUAGUUCAAAUACUGAGUUUCACGACAGUUUUCGCAUCUAAUAUUUAUUCAAGGUAUGUAGUUGUUGAUUGUUACACUUUCAUUUUUUUCUUUUUUCAACGUUUCGAAGAAGUCAAAGCAGUGAACUCUUUUUUUUUGUGUGAAGAAAAGUGUUAGUAGGUUUACGACCGGAAGCCCUGCGCUGUUGCUCAACCACAGUUAAGCUCAUCGCAAUGAACUCAUUCGAUUUGAAGUUUUCAGUAUCUUGUCCGUUUCGCUGUAUUAUCUUUUUUGUCGUAAGUACCCCGACUCGUAGUACCCUGUUAUGUCUUUCACGACAGUUUUUUUUUUGCCUCGAACAAGUACAGCGACAUUGGUCCUGCUGUUCUUCCUUUUACUUUUGUCCCGUCCCUACUCCCUACCUCCCCGCUUAAAGCUCUACCCUACUUCAAAAGACCAAAACUCCGAGAAAAUGCACUCCAUUUAGGCUGAACGGAUUUGGUUAUCACAUCUUCGAGCAUGAGGCUAUGAAGCCAGUUUCCAACCUCUAUGCACUCUAUAUACGUUUCUCUGUGUAACAAAAAGAUUUUUAAGUAGUAUAUGUGAGUAUUCGAGUGAUUAUAGUUUCCGCUGUAAAUAGAGUUUGACCACUUUCGCUUUCUGAGUUCUCUCUGCUCGUAGUUUUUUUCUUGCGGAAUUACCUUCAACCCCCUUUAGCCUGAUUGUCAUCCCAGAGACCUUUGUUUUCCACACAACUUCCGAUAAACCAUUGAGGAUCAAGCACGUUUAGAAGAAGUUUUGUUUUACCAU